AUGCAGUACCAGCAGCCAGCCCACGCUCGGACCCAUGGGUCCGAGCUGCUGCCCCAAGAAGAAACAGGGUACCUUGGGGUUGAUUUUAAAGAAAUUGAGAAUAAAAUUCGGAAAGAAAAUAUGUCUGUGAUGAAGAAUGUUAAAACGUCAGAUUUUGGGAAUAAGGAUUCGAAAUUAUUCCGUAUAAGUACAAACUUCAACUCAUUGUGGAAUAAGAAUGUUCGUAGUGGGUCUUCUCGUAAAGCAAAAACACCUUGUGGAAACCCGACUUGGAAGAGUACUAAUCGCAAAUUGAAUGGGUCAAGAUUUGGGAGAAAAAGGAAAGGACUCAAUGGAGCUUCAAAAUAACCAGAGUAUCACUUUCACUGAAUCAGGAACAAACUUCAUAACAACUACAAGAUCUAACCUCAUCACUCCCUGAAAGAACCAGCCAUCCAUAAGACCCCUUCGAAAAAUCUCCGAUUUCAACAAAACCACCACCACAACCCCUUUUAGCAUUUCCCAGAUCCCUUCAAAAGAAGCCAACUUGAAAGGAACAAAAUGGAAGAAGACAAGGACUUUUCUAGCACAAGUUUUAAAGAAAGAUAAGGAUAGAGCAGUUGGCAGGAAGGGAAGGGAGAGAAGAGAUGUGGAGGCGUUGGCUGGGAGGAGAGGGGUGGAAGAGGGAGGAUUAUUGGUAGGGGGGAUUUUGGAUAGGGGAGAGACUAGUGGAGAAGUGAAGAGUAGUGCUUACCAUCAGGAUUUGUCUGAGAAGGUAGAUUUGAUGUGUGAGUUGAUUCAUAAGAACAAAUCAGGGCAAAAACUUAUAUCUUGGUGUAAAAUUAAGGAUAAACAACAGUACUUUAAAUCUAUGCCAAGACCAAAAUCAGUGCUUCCAAAGAAAGGGUUAGAUAUGUACAAAGAUCUUAAGAAGAUGAGAGAUUAUGCUAGGAUGCGUCAAGAGAGAUGCAUUAAGGACUUGCCUACUUUUGAACUAUACGUCAGGAGAAAGCUUAAGCCCAAUCUUGGAUAACCUCUGAUGUGUAUUAUCCAAUUGUAGCAGUUUUUUGCCAGAACAUUUUUCAACAAAUUAUUAG